UCGGGCGGCCCCUUCCCCGCGCGCGGGCCUGCUCCGGGACGCGCGCUCCAGUGCUGCUCGCAUGGAUGCGGGACGUGGACGGUUCAGGAUCCAGCCCUGCUUCAAAAAAAAAAUGGCUCCACGGGUUAAGUGACCCCGGGCAAGCUCCUCCAUGCCUCAUCGCGGGCGUGGCCGCGGCGCGUUGGGGAUCCUGCUCCCGAGAGAAAGCGGUCCCCUCGGCUAGGUCACAGUCAGAAUGAAGAAGAUCAGCCUGAAAACCUUCCGGAAGUCUUUCAACCUCAACAAGAGCAAGGACGAAUCCGACUUCAUGGUGGUGCAGCCCCCGUCCCUGGCCGGCGACUUCGGCAAGGAUGACCCCCUGUUCGGGGGCUGCUACGCGAAGGACGUGGCCGGCUGCGGUGGAGGCGGCGGUGACGACGCGGACAAGGGCGGCAAAGGGCGCGCCAAGAGCGAGAGCCUCAUGGGCACCCUGAAGCGGAGGCUGUCGGCCAAGCAGAAGGCCAAGGGCAAGGGCUCCGCGGCCGCCGACGACGCCUUCUCGUCGGCCUCGGCGCCCCUGGCCUUGAAGGAGGCGCGCGCGCCGCGGCCCAUCCGCUCCACGUCGCUGCGCAGCCACCACUACAGCCCGACGCCGUGGCCGCUGCGGCCCACGAGCUCCGAGGAGACGUGCGUCAAGGUGGAGGUGGAGGUGGAGGUGGAGGUGCGCGUGAAGGCGCUGGUGCACGGCAGCCCCGGGCCGCUCAACGGUGUGCGCAAGGAGCUGCAGCCCGAGCCCGCGCGCCCCGGCGCCAGCGCCGCCCCGGGCGACCUCCAGGACCACCGGCCGGACCUGCGCCUUCCGCUCGACGACCACCACCACCACCACCGCCACCAGCAGCAGCAGCAGCACCGCGUGCCCGUGGUCCUCGGACUCCUGCCUCAGGACUACCUUCAGUACACCGUGCCUUUAGACGACGGGCUGUGCCCUCCGGAGGGCUCGCCCAUGGAGGUCUCCUCCGGGCCCCCGGGCCCCGCCGCCGCCGCCGCCAGCGCCUUCGCGGUCCCCGAGCCUCAGGGACACCAGGAGCUGGGCGUCGCCCCCGAGAUCUUCGUGGACCCGGCGGCCGGCGGCCUGCUGGUCGGCACCACGGGCGUGGGGCUGCAGAGCCCCGGGGCCGGCCGCGACGACGCGCCCCCGCUCUCUCCAUUGCUACCUCCCUUGCAGAACCACCCGAUCCAAAGGACCUUCGGCGGCCUGGCGGGCACCGAGGCGCACGUGGCCGUGGCCGAAAGCGUGCGCUGCCACUUGAAUUUCGACCCCAACACGGCGCCCGGGGUCGCCAGGGUAUACGACUCGGUGCAGAGCAGUGGCCCCAUGGUGGUGACCAGCCUGACCGAGGAGCUGAAGAAACUCGCGAAACAAGGGUGGUACUGGGGACCCAUCACUCGCUGGGAGGCCGAGGGCAAGCUGGCCAACGUGCCCGACGGCUCGUUCCUCGUGCGGGACAGUUCCGACGACCGCUACCUUCUCAGCCUGAGCUUUCGCUCGCACGGGAAAACCCUCCACACCAGAAUCGAGCACUCGAACGGUAGGUUUAGCUUUUACGAGCAGCCCGACGUGGAGGGCCACACGUCCAUAGUAGAUCUCAUCGAGCAUUCCAUCAGGGACUCUGAAAACGGAGCUUUUUGCUACUCCAGGUCUCGGCUGCCGGGGUCCGCGACGUACCCGGUCAGGCUGACGAACCCGGUGUCCCGCUUCAUGCAGGUGCGCUCCCUGCAGUACCUGUGCCGCUUCGUCAUCCGCCAGUAUACCAGGAUAGACUUGAUUCAGAAACUUCCUUUGCCAAGCAAGAUGAAGGAUUACUUACAGGAGAAGCACUACUGAGAUGGGAGAGCCCGCGUCCGUCCUGCACUUUGGGAGUCGGAGGAGGAGAUUGAUGAAUACGGUUUACAAACGUCCAUCGCCAUCAAAAGAAUCUUGCUGCCAUAACUGUUUUGAGUUUUCUUCUGUGUCAGUCCUCGGUGUGUGUAGGGUGGGAAAGUGUCUGCAGACUAAACAGAGAUUUAUUUUGUUUUUUUUUGGAAUGGGAUGUCUUGAGGUUCUAGAAGUGUGAAUUAUCGUUCCUUAGUGUGCAGAAUAAUCACAAUGUGAAUUGCCAGAUCUUCCGUAAAGCCCCGCCCCCUUUGCUGCUAUCCGCUGUGACUUUCAUGCGUUAAAAGCACAUCUUAUGUGUAUUCAACCCCAAGUGAAGUUGAAUGGAACGUAAAGGAUGAAUAUUGCUGUGUCUUUAAAUGGCCCAUCUUUCAAAUCACAGUGUUGAAUAAACACAUAUGUGUGAUAAAACAAUUACGUAUACACUGAAAAUGAUUUUUUUAAUCUCAUGCUUUAAAGAGAUUUAUUUAGAAUUAUGAAUCCACACAAUCUUGGUUAGUAGAUUACAAAUCUGCAUCAUCUUUUACAAUACUUUUUGAAAUUGUUUUUAAGAUUGUGUUAAUUUUUUUUGUUGUUUUUCUUUUGGUUAUGAGAAGUGGAAUUUUCUGUUGCCUUUGUUUUCAUCUUGUGAUUUGUCCAUUUUAAUAAAAGGCCUUACAUUAAAAAAAUUGUAAAGAAAUACAUGCCACCAACGUAGAUAUUGUUGCCUUUUCUGUCAUUAAACUCGGGUACAAAUUGGCAUAACAUAAAGACUGAUAGAACCCAAACUGCUAUGUGGAAAUGAGAUGAGCUUGGUUUCCUAUGAGCGUGCAUUUGUGUAUGUGUGUGCGUGUGUGCCUGCGUGUGUGUGUGUGUGUAUGGCACUUUCCUUGGGUUAAGUGAUUUCCUUAGUUAACAUUUCCCUAGGGAAACUUGUCAAAAUGAGUUUCAUAAAUGAGCUGGAUUCCCUUACAACAUGAAAGUUUAUAUAACUUGAUUUGAAUAGAAAAGAUUGUUUUAAAGAUGAGUUGGUAUUUUUUCUUUAUGUAGUCAUUCUUAAAAUGGGGUACCCUUGACCAUUUUUCCCCUAUAAUUAACAGCCCUUGGUAACUUCAG